GCCCCUCAUGCACACCAUCUCCCCUAAAUCCAUGUCCAACAUCGCCCAUUCCAAAUUCGACCACUUUUCUCUCUCUAACCUCUCUCCCUCUCCCCGCCCUCGCCGGAAAAUUCAUCCACCUCCGCCGCCAUGUCCGCGUGCGUCUUCCUCCUAUGGCUCGUUAGCAUCCCUCUCUCAAUCCAAGCGGCCCGACAACCCAGAGAUUACCUCAUAAGCUGCGGCGCUAAAACCGAAAUCAAAGAAGGGGCUCUGAAAUACGUUCCCGACAGCGACUUCAUCGCGACCGGCAACACCACAACCUUAAAGCGCACCGACAUCUUGCCUCGGCUGCGAACCCUUCGAUUCUUUCCAAACGCCAACGCCAGGAAGCAUUGCUACAGCUUCCCCGUGAUCAGGGGCGCCAGGUAUCUCGUCAAGACCAUAUAUUUCUACGGAAAGUUCGACGGAGGAAGAGCGCCUCCGGUGUUCGACCAGAUCAUCGACGGCACCAAGUGGAGCACCGUGAACACGACGGAGGAUUUCGCCGGCGGGGGAUCCUCGUUCUACGAGGCCGUCGUGGCCGCCCAGAACAAGGUCCUCAGCAUAUGUCUGGCUAGGAACCAGCACACCCCCGCUGGCUCCAGCCCUUUUAUCUCGUCUCUCGAGGUGCAUUACCUCGAGAGCUCCGUCUACAACUCCACCAACUUCGACAAAGCCAUGUUGAUGACGGUUGCCAGAAGUAGGUUUGGCUCACACGACGACAUCAUCAUUAGUUACCCGGACGACAUAUUCAACCGUUUUUGGGAGCCAUACAAGGACGAGAGCCCGUUCGUGACGAGCCAUUGGAACGUGACGACGACGUCGUUUUGGAACAUCCCGCCGCAGAAGGCGUUUGCGUCGGCGCUGACGACGAGCAGGGGGAAGACUCUGACGCUGAACUGGCCGCCGUUCCCGUUAAGUAGCGGACUCUACUACAUCGCGUUCUACUUUCAGGACAACCGCAGCCCCAGUCCGUACAGCUGGAGGGUCUUCGACGUCCAAGUUAACGGCCACUUCUUCUUCCAACACAUGAACGUGACGGAGCAAGGCCAGGGCGUCGUCGGCACCAACUGGCCUCUCUCCGGCCAGCUCGUCAUCACCUUGUCUCCGGCUCCCAGCUCUCCGGUGGGGCCGCUCAUCAAUGCCGCCGAGCUCCUCCAGCUGCUGCCCUUCGGAAACAGGACUCUCACCAGAGAUGCGGUGGCGAUGGAGGAGUUGAAGAAGGAAGUGGUGAAUCCGCCGGAAGAUUGGGGAGGGGAUCCAUGCCUGCCCAUCGGCCAUUCCUGGGGCGGCGUUUAUUGCACCGUCGCCGAGCCCUUUCGUGUUGUGUCUUUGAAUCUAAGCGGGUAUGGAUUGUCGGGGAAGCUGUCGCCGAGUAUAGCUAGAUUAACUGGGCUCAGACACAUUUGGCUUGGAGACAACAAGUUUUCGGGCGUCAUACCUGAUUUGAGCCCCUUGAAAGCUCUAGAAACUCUGCAUUUGGAGAACAAUCAGUUUGAAGGGCCGGUUCCUCCUUCGUUGGGGCAGCUGCCCAAUCUUCAACAAGUCUUUCUCCAGAACAACAAGCUCAAUAGUAGCGUUCCCGAGCCUCUCACUAAAAGAGAUGGUCUCAGUGUUCGACUAUCCUAGCAAAAUGCAGCAGCCCCAGGAGACGUAAAGCUAAGGUGAAACAAGAGGGAGAGAUUCGUGUUUUGACUGUCGAAAAUGGAGAUAUGUCUGUAUGUAAAUAUACAUUUGCUUCGUCUUUCUACAAUGUGAUUGUUUCAAGAAUUAGUAUCCAUCAUCAUACUCACUAUUUUCUCUACCCAACUGCGACGUGUAAUCAUAAUAGUCAUAUAUCAUCUUGUCGACAUAGAUAAAUAUUAAAUGCUCUUGAAUUAUGACAUUUAUAGUCACAAUAUAAUUUGAAUUCUAUUA